UUUUCAUAACCUCAAUUAAUCUUUAAUUUAAUAAUUCCUUUCUUGUUGAUUAUCAUUUUAUUAAUAAAAAUGGCGUCAAUAGUUUCUUUUGGAGAGAUGUUAAUUGAUUUGGUACCGGAUGAAGCCGGUGUUUCGUUGGCCGAGUCUGCUGGUUUUAUAAAAGCUCCCGGUGGUGCACCCGCCAAUGUUGCCUGUGCCAUUGCCAAACUUGGUGGUACAUCCGCCUUCAUUGGAAAGGUUGGAGACGAUGAAUUUGGGAAGAUGCUAGUAGAUAUACUAGAAAAAAAUGGUGUAAUAACAAAAGGAGUAUGUUUUGACAAGGAAGCGCGAACAGCUUUAGCAUUUGUAACAUUAAAGAAGAAUGGUGAAAGAGAAUUUAUGUUUUAUAGGAAUCCAAGUGCUGAUAUGCUGCUCAAAGCUUCAGAACUAAAUCUUGACAUGAUUAAACAAGCAAAAGUGUUUCAUUAUGGUUCUAUUAGUUUGAUCACUGAACCUUGUCGAUCAGCUCACUUGGCAGCCAUAAAGGCGGCCAAGCAAGCUAGGGUUCUACUCUCAUAUGACCCCAAUCUUAGGAUUUCUCUCUGGCCAUCCGCUGAGGAGGCCAGAGAGGGAAUUCUAAGUAUUUGGAAUCAGGCGGAUAUCAUCAAGGUGAGUGAUGAAGAGGUUGAAUUUUUAACACAAGGAGAUAAGAACAAGGAAGAAGAGGUCAACACUUUAUGGUUUGAUGGUCUUAAACUUCUGCUCGUCACUGAUGGUGAAAAAGGUUGCAGAUAUUUCACUAAGGAUUUUAAAGGGUCUGUAAAAGGCUUUGCUGUGAAGACUAUUGAUACAACAGGUGCUGGUGAUUCAUUUGUGGGCUCCUUCCUCUAUUCCCUUGCCAAAGAUACUUCAAUUUUGCAGGAUGAAAGCAAGUUAAAGGAGGCUUUAACACUGUCGAAUGCUUGUGGAGCCCUAGCAACUACUCAAAAGGGUGCCAUUCCUGCUCUCCCAACUCUUUCUCAAGCUCAAGAUCUCAUCAAACAAGGAAACUAAAUGCUUUUUUGAUGAGUAUCGCUUAUAGAUGUAAUAAUAGAAUAAAAAUAACAAUUUAGAGAGGAACAAGAUUUUUGUUUUUUCGUUUUUGUAAUAUUCUUAACAUAAAUUCUUGUAUAAGACGGUCUCUUCGUAAGACACACUCUAUGUAUGAGU